UUAUCUGAUUCCUUUGCAGAGUCAAAUCUUAAAUGAUAUUUUGGUUGUUAUCCAAACUGGUAAAGGUCUUGUUCUUUUAAAUAUACUGGAUCAAUUUCGUCUCCUAGUGAAAAGAAAAGAAUAUAAGCGUAGAAAUAAUGGAAAAAUAAGAAUCUUUCAUCUCUCUUGGCAAAGUAAAAAAGAAAGGUAGUUUAUGUACGAAUUUGUGUAUAGACAAAAGUAUUCCCAACCUUUGGAGUUUUCCUUAAUUUUGAGUGACCAACAAAGAAAGGUUCUCAGAUCGAGAACGAGUCAAAAGCUGGUUGUAGCAAAACCCGUUCUUGAUUGGUCAAACUCAACUCUGUUAAAGGGCUACAGUGUCGCUAGGGAGUUGAGAGGACCUUUGUUACGACACUGUUCUUCUCGUUUCACAACAUUACUGAGAUGUGAGAUUGAUUGUAUCUAGCACACUUAUUGUUCCAGAACCUUUUUACAUAUCUCCAAGUGGAAUAUUUUCUUUCAUAAAACUCACUAGUCACUCAAAAUAAUAUAUCUCCAGUGAAAGGAGAGAAUACAUAGCGAUCCUUCUCAUAACAAUCCAAUUAGAAAUGAACACAAUGGUUUGAUUGUUGGAUGGAAAGGAAGUUUCAGUGAGUUUUGUCAAGGCUGUGGACCUGGUUCAAGUUUGUUAGUGAAACUUUUCAGACUUUAAUUUCUAAAGCGAAUUCGUCGUUUGUUUUAGUUGGACAAGUGAAUUUCUAUUAUCUGCGUUUCUUUUUUAAGCUCUGCAAAUGUUUCUUUUAGAACAAUCCAUCGAUUCCUGAGCUCUGAGUUCCAUGUAGACUGUAGUUUCUUUUUAGUAUGUAUAAAUUUUAUUAUCUCUUUGGAGUUUAUAUACUUUAUGCAACACUUGUUGUUAUUUCACUUCUGGUCUUUUAUGGAAAUUUGAGAUUAGCGUUGUCGAGAAGAGAGCAAAGAUAAAGGAGUUUAAGCUGUCGUUGAGUGUUGGUACUUUAGUCAACUAGUUGUCUCACAAGUUUUUUUAUUUUUAUUGAUAAUUGUUUCAGAGCAGUUUUGCGUAUGUAUUAGCAGUUGAUA